UAGCAAAAUAGCCGCUCGCCUGUUUGAACGUUGCUCGCGUUUGUUUGAGUCAACAUAGCAUCCGCCUUCGAACGGCGCGACGCUCCUCGGCUCCGCGGCCAUCUUUGCUCUCCGCGCACGCGACCACACCUUUCCCUAGCUAGCUAUCUUUCGGUGCCUUAUUUUUAGCACUAGAUAGCCUUUCGCCCACUUAAUAAAUUUUUCCUAGCGUUACCUUUGGUGUUCUCCACUCACCGGAGGUUGGCCUUAUUUUCGCGUAUUGGUUUUAAAGCGUACCGAUCCCGCUUCGCGCUUUAUUGGUGACCCCGAAUUUUGGUCAUUAUCCGGUGAGUUUUCGCUAACCUUUCUUUUCAGAUUUGGCCACAUUUUUUCGCUCACCCGUCUGAUUUUCACUUUUCAUUUUCCGGUUUAAUCUCGCUGGCUCGCUAUUUUGCUCGCUAUGGCAACUGAUCGCGUAGAUUCUGACGUUCAGAUAGGCACAGUUACGCUUCCUAUCGCACCUUUUCGCGAGACUAAUCCUAAGUCUUGGUUUGGUCAGCUAGAAUCGCAAUUUUCUUUGCGUGGUAUUAGGUCCGAAAAGACCAAGUUCCACCUUGUCGUUUCCGCGCUUCCGCUAAAUGUCAUCGAUGACAUUGAUGACAUUCUAGAUCUUCCUGACGACCAAAAGACUUACGAUGCAGUCAAGACAGCUGUUCUGAGAAGAACAGGCUUAUCCGAUCGACAACGAGUUACGAAACUCCUCAACGAAACCGAUCUUGGCGAUCUUAAGCCAUCUCAGCUGCUUCGAAAAAUGCAGAGCCUAGCUAAACCCUCUUCGAUAGAUGAUUCUUUUCUUCGGGAAAUGUGGUUGCAACGACUUCCGCGCGAGAUGCUACACAUCCUCUGCGCUAGUGAGGAUGCACCUUUGUCCAAACUGGCCGAUACAGCCGACCGAAUUUGGGAGUCGUACGGCCAGGUUUCGCAGGUCCAGACGAAACCGGACAACGAUAUCGCUACGCUUAAAUCCCAGAUGGCAACGUUGACUCGACAAUUCGCAGACUUUUCGGCCUCCAGACAUAACCGCUGUAAAUGCUCUAGGAGCCGUUCGCGUUCACGUUCGAAGUCUCCUUCGCGAUCAGCGAAUAGAAACGGUUACUGCUGGUACCACGAACGCUUCGGCCAGCAAGCUAAAUCAUGUCGCCCGCCCUGUUCCUUCAAACGACAGCAGCAGGGAAACGGGCGGACCAGCACGUAGGGGCGACGGACGUAGCUGGUCAACGCAGUCGCCUUUUCUUCGUCACCGAUCGUAGAACCGGAGUUCGCUAUCUCGUCGAUACUGGCGCAGAAGUCAGCGUUCUCCCGCGUGAUCCAAAUGACCCGACCGAAAAGGUGACUAGCUCAUUGCGCGCAGCUAACGGAACCAUCAUCCGCGUAUAUGGUCAACGCUCGCGCACGCUAAAUCUCAGUCUCCGACGCGCUUUCAAAUGGAUAUUCCUCGUUGCGGAUGUUCAAACGCC